AUGGACACUACCUUCAUCACCAUCCAUGACCUCACCGACGACGCCAACAUCCUUUACUCUUCUGACUCUAUCGUUGACAUUCUCGGUCACACACCUGACGAGGUUGUUAAUAGAUCAGUAUGGCAAUUCUUUCACCCCGAUGAGCUGCCCCUUGCGAAAGCGAAGCACGGUCGAGGGGUGAGACUCGACAAAGCAGCUGUUUUAUCCUACUGCCGCCUCAAAAAUCGACAGGGCGAUUGGGUAGGGUGCGAGUGUUGCUUCUCUAUUGUCUACGACGUCAUGGUCUGUUGCAUUAGUAUCUAUAGACAUGGCAUGCAGAGUCAGAAACGAGCGGUCGAAGCUCCUAUCGUACGCAAGCUGUUUGCCUCGUCUCCAGAGGAUCCGCGUUAUCACAUGUUGUCACACCUUUCCAGCAAGUUUGGUCUCGGACCUCAAGAGCAGACCCACGAGCCUCGUGCGGCCCUCUUUCUCAACAGGUUCACACGAACCUUGACUGUCAUGUACGCCACGAGUGGCAUCGAGCAGAUACUUGGUAUAUCUGGAGAAGCCAUGAAAGGACGUAGCUUUUACUACUGCAUUGCGUCAAACUGCCUUGACGACGCUGUGCGUUGUCUGGAAUCUGCCAAAGGCAAUGAUUCUAUCGCUUACAUGCGUUUCUUCUUCCGCGAUCCCCGCCUUGACGACACUCCCGAAACUCCUACUUCUGACAGCGACGACGAAAUCAUGACAGACGUUACAGGCUCCGAUGAUGAAUCCGAGGACGCGUCUGUAGACGGACAUCAUCUCACAGACUCAAGAAACACAUCCCAUUCUUCCAACGAUACCUCGAGCAGCCACAAGCCACCUCACCCGCGUACGGAUUCUGGUGAAAGCCUGAACCCGGCAGACAGUCACCACACCAUUUUCGGCGAGCAUUCCGCGACCCGCUCAUCAUCAUCGUCUUCACUACCAGGUGACUCACCGCGUUCAGAGUUCCACGAUGACCCCAUUGAACUCGAAGCUGUCAUCUCUUGCACCUCGGACGGGCUCGUUGUCUGUCUGCGCCGUGCCCGUCCGCUACUACCAGGAAUGAUGCCAGUUACACAACCUGCGCAAUACAAUGGUAUCUAUGCAGCGCCCUGGGCAACGCAGCCUGUCUUCCAUCCGGCCCCGCCACAAAUGCCUGCCUAUCCUCUGGGCGCUCAACAUCCUACCAUGUUGCAGGCUGGACCGUCACUGCAAUUUCAAAAUGCAUUCAUGCAGAGUAUUCGCGACGUCGCUGUUUUUGCUUGGGCGCUCACGGGUAUCAACGGCAGUUUGGCAGAUUAUGCUCGUGGUAAUCCAGUCGGCGAGAGCCAACCACCUGAGGGCUUUCCUAUCUGGAACCCACUCCCCGAUCCAGUAUCCUUUGGCAAACAAUCCACUACGCCUUCUGGAUAUGUUUCUGGAUCUAUGAGCUCUUCGAGCAACGAUCGAUUUGGGUUCGGCGACCCCGGGCUCAGUUGA